GGCGCGGUGCCUGGUGGGAUCGUCGUCGGAGGUGGUGGUGGGGCUCCAUCAUGGCGGCUUCCAUUUCAGGCUACACGUUCAGUUCUGUCUGUUAUUACAGCGCUAAUAGCAGCGCCGACCACGAAGGAUUCCUGUUGGGAGAAGUGAGACAAGAGGAAACAUUCAGUAUUAGUGACUCUCAAAUCAGCAACACUGAAUUUCUGCAAGUAAUUGAAAUCCACAAUCAUGAACCUUGUUCCAAACUCUUUAGCUUUUACGACUAUGCAGGUAAAGUCAGUGAAGAGAAUUUGGACAGAAUUCUUAAAGAUCGGAGAAAAAACGUUAUUGGAUGGUACAGGUUUAGGAGAAACACUCAACAACAGAUGUCAUAUAGAGAACACAUCAUCCAUAAACAGUUGACACAGAUUCUUGGAGUGCCUGACCUUGUCUUCCUUCUCUUCAGUUUCAUCUCUACUGCAAAUAACUCAACACAUGCUUUAGAAUAUGUUCUCUUUAGACCAAACCGAAGGUAUCAUCAAAGAGUGUCACUCACUAUUCCUAAUUUGGGCAAUACAAGUCAACAAGAAUACAAGGUUUCUUCAGUGCCAAAUACUUCCCAAACUUAUACCAAAGUUAUUAAGGAACAUGGUACCGACUUUUUUGAUAAAGAUGGCGUGAUGAAAGACAUCAGGGCUAUAUAUCAGGUUUAUAAUGCACUUCAGGAAAAAGUACAGGCAGUAUGUAUAGAUUUAGAGAAAAGUGAACGAGCUGUUGAAUCCUUCCAGGCUGAGGUGAAUAAGCUAAAAAGGCAAAUUUCACAAAGGAAAAAUGAAAAGGAACAAGAACUAAGACUGCAGCAGACCAUUCUAAGUAGGCAACUCUCAAAUGAUACCUUGGAGUCUAUAUUCAUCCCACGAAUGUCUCAUGCUGGAUUUGCAGUGGAAGGUAGUAAUCCUGAAGAAUCAGAUUCCUCUGACCCUCCUCCUCCUUAUGCUGACUUCAGCGUGAUCAAUCAUGACAGUGCUAUACGUCCUGGUGUUCUAGAAAGCAAUGUUUUUAUGCCUCGACCUCAAGCAGUGGGCUCUUCUAGUUAUGUUUCCACAAAUACCGUAUUGAAGCAUUCAGGCAAUGGAACAUCCAUACCAUCUUCUUCUCAAACAACCUCCGGUAACAAUGUUAAUGAAUCGGAAGACAGUGACUGUGAGAAUUUGCUUGAACCUACAGAGUCAUCUGACAGUGAAUACGCACAGACAAGAGAUUCUCGACAUUUGGCACAUGCGGAUGGAGAUUCCAGGAAUACACAAAUCUCCCAAAUUUAAUAGAACAUAAGCUUAAUAUAGCACUAUGUUUCCUAAUUGUUAUGGAAGUAUUUUGGGAUUUAACUUGGAGAAAAUGAGCUACAGAAGUGGAUUACUGUGCACAGCAAAUGUAGAAGACUUGAACAUAGAUGGCUUAUUCACUUUGUGAUACAUUUUUGCAAGUUUUUGUAAUGAAAUCAUUACGAUAAUCAAACUGUACUAAUUGAUGAGAUUCAUGGAUAUACUGGUAAAGAAGCAAAGUGAAAUAUGAAAUGUGUAGCUUUUGUUGCCGUGUUUUCCAUAAGAAAAUGGGAUCUUGCAACUAAGCACAGUCUUUAAUUAUCUCAAAUCAAAGCUUACCUCGUGCACUAUCAUGCCUUGAAUUUUAGGGGGGUUAUUUCUAACAACUUUGAUCUGCCGGCUUUUUAAAUUGUAAAGCCAAAUAGAUCGUUACCAGAAAAAAUAAAUAAACUUUUGUUAAUUCCAAAAAGUCUGAUUGGAACAAAUGUGAACUAUCUUCUUUGCAUGUUCUUUUAAUAGAGAGGAAGUUUCAAUCUUUUUCUACUAGCCUAAUGUGUAUCACUUAAAAUUAUGGUUGCCUUUUUACGUAGAAAAGCAUUUACCAGUAAAUCAUCAAUGAAUGUCUCAAACAUAAUUACUUUGAUUUUGGUGAAUUUAAAGUGACUUUGCCGCAGUAUCCUGAUUAUCUCAUUUUUGCUCCAAAAAUAUGAAGAGCACAUAGCAGAAGAUGAUGUGGUCAGUUCUGUCAAGGUGGUUGUCUUAGAACUGUACAAAUGCUGAAAAUAUAGUGGUGACAGGCACCUGCAAAAAUAAUAAUAAUAAUCCAGAUAUGUUCUAUACAACUUGAAGUCAUGAGGAAUGGAAGAGGCUGAAUAGUGAACUAUCCUAGGGUUUCCACUUAAAUUUAACCUGUAGCUUUUGUUGGGUUGGGGGUUGUGAUUUUGGAGGCACAAUAUGGACUCUUAAAGAAUGUUUGAACGCACUUACAUUUUUUAAUUACUUUUAUGCUUUCAGUAACAUUUGUCCCAAAGAAAUGAAACUGUGCCAUUCUAUAUCUGAUUAAUCUUGUUCCUCAAUUAGUGAACAGCAAACCCUUUGGUCUGUGAGAAUGCAUAUUAGCCAUAUGCAAUCCCACUCUUCACUGCAAGAAGACUUCUUUUAGAUAUCUUCUUGCCGGAGGCUAAAAACUCAGUAGGAAAUAUUCCCUCCCCUAUUUGUUAGCCUUCCUGUUUUCUGUACUAAAUAAAACCAAGUGACUUUUUAAAUAUGGUAAACAUUUCUGUCUCCUUGGACAUUUGGGAUUCUAUAAAAAUUUCUGUUUUCAUUAUGUUAACAUAUUCUUUGGCCUUAACAUGGUGCAUUUUAUUUUUCAUCUCUGCAGUCUGCUCUAAUUAAUGAAAGUGUUCUAGGGUUUUAUUAACUUUGGGUAUCUGCAAGCAACUGUAGUGCUGGUUUGUUGAACAUGUGCUGUCGCCAUCUCAGUUCAUUCAAGAAAAAUUAUUUUUUAUCACUCAGAAACCUUUAAUGUACAUUUCUGACAAAGCAGUUAAAUGUGACAAUAAAAUCUUAUUUAAUCCUUUAUCUUUUAA